AGAACCGGGUUCGUUGUUAGGUUCGGCUUUUUAGGUGAGAAAUUUGGUGGGUCGUUGCUGUUCUUUGGAUCAGGCAUUAUCAGCCGUUGAUUUCAAAAGAGACGAAUCUCGAGACAAAACAAUAAAUAGCGCUGAUCUCGAGGCGGGAAGCAACGCAAAGAAGGGUUGGAAGGCUGAGAUACGUUUUCGAGAAGCCAUGGAGACUUCCGUCGCCGCUGGCGGCGCCGGAGACCACCCCUCGGCUGCCGGCGUGAAGCGGCGCCAUCCCUCUUCCGUUCCUUUCCGACCUCCUCCGCCGCUCGCCAAGCCCGCUGAGACCUUCUUCCGCCUCCUCUGCCCUGUUGCGUCAUCGGCUGGCGUCAUCGGUAAGGGCGGUGCUGUAGUCCGCCAGAUUCGUGAGGAGACCUCUGCUCGUAUCCGUGUGGAUGACCCUGUUCCCGGCUCCGAUGACUGCGUCGUCUUCAUCAUCGCUGACACUUGCCAUAAGGCUGUUGUCGAACCUGACGGUUCUGAGGUGUGUAACGAGCCUUCGCCGGCGCAAAUGGCUUUGAUUAGGGUUUUCGAGAGGAUUUUGAGGGUGGAGAGGAAUUGGGAGGGAAUUGGAGAGGAUGAGGAGAUUAAGGGCUCGGUUGUUUGCAGGCUACUGGUGCCAAAUGGGCAGGUUGGGUGUGUGAUUGGUAAAGGAGGGAAGAUCGUGGAGAAGAUCAAGACGGAGAGCGGGGCUCAGAUUAGGAUUCUAGGACACGAGCAGGUGCCCGCUUGCGCUGCAGCUGGGGAUGAACUUAUUCAUAUAAGUGGAAAUUUCCCAGCUGUAAAGAAAGCACUAUUAGCUGUUUCAAAUUGUCUUCAAGACCACCCAAGAGUGGAAGCAUCCAGCCCAGCUAUUGGUAAGCCAAAUGCGGCAAAUUUUCGUGGAGCUGGGCCGCCUCCACCAGGAGAUCCUUAUGCUCCAUCUCCAAGAGGCUAUAUUCCUAAUAUGCAUGGUCCGGAUUAUCAGUACAGAGGUUUUUCGCCUGGGAUUGAUAGCCCUAUGUCUAAUCAUUGGAAGGUUUUUGAAGAAGAAGUGGCUUUCAGAAUGUUAUGCCCAAAUGAGAAGGUCGGGAGCAUCAUUGGGAAAGCAGGCGUCAUUGUUCGCGGAUUGCAAAAUGAAACUGGUUCAUCUAUUAAAGUUGCAGAACCUGUACCUGAUUCAGAUGAAAGAGUUAUUGUAGUCUCUGCUCGUGAGAAUCCAGAAUUUAAGCAUUCUCCUGCACAAGAUGGGGUUCUUCGUAUAUUUUCAAGGCUUUCAGAAAUGGAUAUGGGAAGUUCAACUCUUUCUGCAAGGCUUCUUGUGCAUUCGCAGCAGAUAGGCUGCUUGCUGGGCAAAGGUGGAGCCAUUAUUUCUGAAAUGAGAAGGGCAACAGGUGCAAAUAUUCGAAUUUUUCUUAAGGAACAUGUCCCCAAAUGUGCUCAACCGAAUGAUGAAGUUGUGCAGGUCAUUGGUAACUACCAAUCGGUCCAGGAAGCAUUGCUUCAGAUUACAGGUAGAAUCCGGGAGACUAUUUUCCCUUUGCCACCUCAUCCAAAUGUUGGCAUGCCGCCACCAUACAUGUCUGGCGCACCUGAGAUGCCGCCACCAUACAUGUCUGGUGCACCUGAAAUGCCGCCGCCUUUCAUGCCUGGCGCACCUGACAUGUUGCCACCCUAUAUGUCUGGCCCACCUGACAUGCCGCCGCCCAGGCCAAGGAACGACUCAAUGCCAUCUGCGCCUUACCCUCCUAUGGGGUUCCCUCAUGGUCCUCCUGAUCAUUCAGUCGGUCUCUCCCAUGGCAUAGAAAGGCAACAUGCUCAUCCACAUGGUAUGGAACAUUUUGGCAGCAUGGCACCAGAUCGACCUCCCUUUCACUAUGGCAGUGAAGCUAGAGGACCUCACCCUGGCUUUGAUCAUCCAGCCUCCCCAAGAGCCUGGGCUCCAUUGCCUGUGAGCAAUGUCACCCCCAGGGGCAUUCCAGACAAUGGAGCAGGCUUUGGAUUCAGAAGUGCUCCGGCGGGAAGUGGAAGCCAGACGGCUUUUGUGCCAAACACUACUGUAAAGGUUCCUCAGGACCUGCUACAAUUUGUGUACGGGGAGAACGGCACUAACCUGAAUGACAUUAGAGAGUCUUUAUUUUCCCAGAUAUCAAAUGCAAAGGUCGUGAUUCACGACCCCGAACCCGGGGCAGCUGAAGGAACAGUGAUCAUAUCAGGGAACCCUGGUCAAAUUCGAGCCGCGCAAAGCCUCCUUCAUGCUUUUAUCCUAUCUGGAAAAACUUCAUCAUAACUUAUUAUGAGCCAGAUGAUGCCUUAACACGAAUGCAUCUUGCUGAAUCAGCAUUUUUGCCUUGAUCACGGAGGGUGAGUCAGGGCCUAAGAUCAGGCCGAAAGGCGG